CGGAGUCGGGGCUGCCGUUUUUCAUUCCCAAGCAGCGGGCGGACAGCGGACGACGGGAAUGCGUUAAAACACCGGGAUAUACGCUCAAGAGACGCUGGCUGGAAAUGACCAGGCUGGUUUACCAUGGACACAGAGAUGAUACCAAAAUUCUCCUCAAAAGAUGAGGAGAUUGACUACUGGAAAGCCCUUUCCCUCAAGUACAAGAAAAGUUACCAGGAGGCCCAUGAGGAGCUGCUAGAGUUCCAGGAAGGCAGCCGGGAGCUGGAGGCCGAGCUGGAGGCCCAGCUGGGUCAGGCGGAGAACCGGAUCCGGGACCUCCAAGCGGACAACCAAAGACUGAAGAGCGAGGUGGAGACCCUGAAGGAGAAGCUGGAGCAGCAGUACGCGCAGAGCUACAAGCAGAUCUCCCUGCUGGAGGACGACCUGGGCCAGACCCGCGGCAUCAAGGAGCAGCUGCACAAAUACGUGCGGGAGCUGGAGCAGGCCAACGACGACCUGGAGAGGGCCAAGAGGGCGACAAUCGUGUCGCUGGAGGACUUUGAGCAGAGACUGAACCAGGCCAUAGAGAGGAACGCCUUUCUGGAGAGCGAGCUGGACGAGAAGGAGUCCCUCCUGGUCUCCGUGCAGAGACUGAAGGAUGAAGCCAGAGACCUGCGGCAAGAGCUGGCGGUGCGGGAGAGGAACACAGACGUCACCAGGAUGUCCGCGCCCAGCUCGCCCACGCUGGACAACGACAAGAUGGACUCCGCCGUGCAGGCCUCCCUGUCCCUCCCUGCCACGCCCAUUGCCAAGAACAUGGACAAUGCCUUCGCAAACCCCAAAGUGCUCACUAAUGGGUGUAGCAACUCUCCACUGACUCCCUCUGCAAGAAUAUCAGCACUCAAUAUCGUGGGCGAUCUGCUACGGAAAGUAGGGGCAUUAGAGUCCAAGCUAGCAGCCUGCCGCAACUUCGCCAAGGACCAGGCGGCGAGGAAGACCUACACCACGGGCAACGGCAACCUGAUCAACAGCAACGCGGCCAAGUUCUCCCACUCGCUGCAUACCACGUACUUCGACAAAGCCAGGCGAGAGAGGGUCAUUUUCCCUGCGUUUAUUCUGGGUAAAGCUCCGAAUCCCACCGCGUGGGGCACAUGCAUGCUCUUUAUAACCCCUCCUUCAUUUAGACCAGGGUCCAAUAACCAUUUAGAGUAGAUGAUGUCAUCUGUACUAACCGCUCUGGGUGGUGGCGUUUUUGUUUUAUUGUUGUUUCCCCCCCAACCCCCGCCUCCCUCCCGCUUCUUAACCUUGCGCCGGUGUGCCUUUGUCAUUUAGCGGGUGUGGCUGUCGCCUUGUGGUCAUGUGACCCAGUCCGGGGCCAGUCGGCGGGCACGGAAUCUCGUUUUGGUGGCAGGUCUCCGUGGAGCGGCAGAUUAAGCCAGAGCAGCGCUCUUUCAAUUAGCGCAUUCCGAGUCCCCCUCGAUUCGGGGCGUAAGCUAAUGCGAUGAUGAUCAUAAUUCUGAUUUUGUUAAGAAAGCGCAGGAAUUCUUCGACUCGGUCCAGGGGAAAUCCCACGCAGGCUGGUUUUCGUUCCAAUUCAGUUUAACACUUUCUCAAUUUGAUUGAGCUGGUAACCGCGUGUCGGAUCACCUGUCAUUUGACGUUUACCUCACCCGAAGUCACCAUUAAGACAAUCGAACACACACAGACACACACACAUAAUCUGAUGCCUGCUUGCAUGCAUGUACCAAAUAAAGAAGCAAAUGCCACUUCGUUUAAGGUUUUUGAAUUUCAGUUAAUUUUGGGUUUUAAUUUAGUUUGCUUCGUUUUCAGACGCAGUCUAACUCAUUUUGCACGCGCUUAAUGAGAGUCUCAUUCGGGGGUGAAUCAUAUGCGAGUCACUCAGAGUGCACAGACAGUGACCCGGUCACUUAAGCCAAACCCUCGCAUGAGGGUGAGCUGUAGAACACGGGAUUAAUAAGGCAGAUAUCCAUACACACGUGUGCAGUUUCUCUUAAUUAUAAAUUAGUUUGGAACAGAGCCAGCAUACAGAUAUCCCCAGGACCAAGCCAGAGAACCUGUAAUGCAGUUUCACAGGGGUACAGGCUGUGCCUUUUGGGACAAGUGGGCGAGGUGCGGUCUGAGGGUUUUGUGGGCAACUGGUUUCCCUUGGUGAAUCGGUUGGAUAUGGGAUGUUUGUUAUCUCUCUUCAAGGAGGUACGAGGAUGCUGUACACAGAGAUGUGAUGGUGAUGAUUGGAGGGUCAGAGAGAUUUAUGUCAGAGAGAGGGUGCUGGUACAUGCUGUUACUGGUUUCAACACGUGGUCAUCUGUGACACUGUAUUCUCAGCUGCAAUAUUAAAUCUGUUUUCAGUUUUAAAUGUGCAGUAUAACAAGGCUCUUGAAUGAAGAAUCAAACCGUUCAGGCUGAAGAAGCCGUAAUAUCACAUACAUAAGGAACUUUUGGGGUUACGAUUUGUUUUUCUUUGCAGGUAGCAAUAGACAAAAGUUGGGAGAGAAUGUGUGUUUAAGACAGUUCGAUAUUGCCAUUUUGGUCACCGUGGUAACAGCUACAGUUGUUCUCAAAGCUUCACAGGAAGGCGUGAAGGUUUGGAGGCGUGACAGUGAAGCGCAGGCGACUGGCUUGUGUCUCUGCUCUGUGAGAGGCAGCAUUGAUAGACGCCACUCAGACGAGCUCACAGAAAAGGAGAGAGGGAGGGAUCUGGAGGCUGCCUGGGCAGCACCAGAGGGAGAUGUGGAGUAUAAAUAAAUCACUAAGGGCAGUAUUUGGAUUUGUCCCCUUCAGCGUAAUCAAAAAAAAAAAAAAAAACAUGACCUUGGACUGGCCCCCAGUCAGGAGCGCCCUGUUCCCACAUGACUUUCUGGAGCGCACGAAAGUGCUCCCGAACGUCAGGUUUUAACGGCGCUCGGUAAAGAUGGCCGAUCUUUACACAACACAACCUGAAACGACAAAGAUUGUGUCACACAGCACAGGCCACAUGCAUGGCUUUCGCAGAUUUCUGCGCACGGAUGUGUAUAUAUGUGUGUGUGUGCACCCUUCCCAAAACAAACAAAAAAAAAAAAAUCUCCUCUUGCAGGCACAGCGGGAUACUUACUGUCUGAAAUAUUCUGCAGCCACGCCACAGAGCUGUCCUUUUUUUUUUUUUUUUUAAUUCCAGUCGCCUUCCUUUUCAAAAAGCAAACAUUCACUGAAACUAAUUUACAGUUGAAGCAGUUCUUGCAAACACAAACGGUGAUCUCCAGGUCAUAGUGUAGCACAUCGUUGAUGUAUUGUGAUUUAAAAGUCUGUAGAGGUUGUAUCUGAAAGGGGAUGAAAGGAGAUGAGCAUAAUUAACUGCACAGAUAGGUCCCCCC